AUGUCACGGACGAGCCUCUACACAUUCCAACUGGCUCUGCCACACCCAUGGUUGUCACUAAGCAGGCAUGUGUGCCUCCUUCCGGUCGGUAGCAGAGCGGCUUCGACAACAGGGCGGGUUUUCAGAACCUGCCUUCCUGGCGAUGACGCUACGCACCCGGGAUGGGUGCCGCUGAGCAACCUGUACGGGGAGCAUGCCGAGGCAGUAGACAGCGCUGAACCGGCUGAUCCCGGAUCGUACGAUGGUUCCAAGGGCGUAAAGAACGGUUCUCCGACCAUCAACACCCCGAAUCAGGUGCUGUUUGUAGCCCGAAAGGGGCUGCGCUGCCAGGUAUUCGACACCAAGUUGUGGCAGGAUCUCUACCAACGCACUGUCGAACUCAGCGACCACUUCCAUCCCAGGCAGUGGGUCGAGCUGGUUCACAUAUUCAAGCGAAUCAAAGUCAGACAGGGUGGCCUGCUGAACCUGGCCACUAGACAGCUCCUCUACCACCUAGAGCGACUCUCCCUAGAGGACCUCAGCAAGCUCGCACUUAGCUUUGCCUACUACCAAUACCGGCACACUGCCAUGUUUGAUAGGAUAGCCGAUGUGGUCACCACGCGCCUCAGGCGGGAGAAGCUGCAGGAGGGACAUGGCACCGUGAGUACACCGAGUGACGCACCUGAGGAAGAGACCGACGGGCCAGUGAAGAAUCGUGCGCUGUCCAAGAUUACGUCGUACACGCACCUUGUGGGCGCAUUCGCGAAAUGCGACCACGCCCACAAGGAACUUUUCGAGGCCGUUGCCGCUGACCUAGUCACCCAGAUGGGGUCGAAGGAGAUGCUGAUCCCUCCAGGGUUCCUGGUCAAAAUAAUCGCCUCUUACGCCAGAUUCGGAUAUAGGCACAACAAGCUACUUGACGCCCUCUCCAAGGAGAUGGUCACUGCAAAGAUCCCGGACGACCAGUUGCUUCAAGUGCAGCACAUGAUGAAAGCACUCGAAUACGAGAACGACGCCAUGCUGAGCCUUUUUGCGUACAGGCUGGGGAACUCCGAACUUGCUGGGAAACAAAAGGCGUAA